GCGCAUGGAUCUGUACGUGCUAGAAAUAAGCUACAAUUGAAAAGUUGUAACCGCAAUGGAUCGGAGUUUCCGCCUACCGCCUAUGGCUUCAAGAAUGCGUAACCUUCCCUUCUUUUUAUCAUUAUAAAUACAUAAUAGCAACCUACAUGCAUUUUCUCAUCUCUUAUUUCUUCUCCUCUCAAUCUAGCUUAUAUUAAUUACUUCAUUUCAUUUCACCAUGGCGAAAAUCAAGAUUGGAAUCAACGGAUUUGGAAGGAUUGGCCGCUUGGUGGCCAGAGUAGCUCUACAGAGCGAUGAUGUCGAGCUUGUUGCCGUUAACGAUCCAUUUAUUACCACCGAGUACAUGACCUAUAUGUUCAAAUACGACACCGUUCAUGGUCAAUGGAAAAAGGUCGAGAUCAAGAUGAAGGAUUCCAAGACCCUUCUCUUCGGAGACAAGGCAGUAACAGUGUUUGGCAUGAAGAACCCAGAGGAAAUUCCAUGGGGUGAAGCCGGGGCUCAAUAUGUUGUGGAAUCCACCGGUGUCUUCACUGACAAGGACAAGGCGGCUGCCCAUUUGAAGGGAGGUGCAAAGAAGGUGGUUAUCUCUGCCCCCAGCGCAGAUGCUCCCAUGUUUGUUGUUGGUGUGAACGAGAAGGAAUACAAGUCUGACAUCAAUAUUGUUUCUAAUGCUAGUUGCACAACCAACUGUCUAGCCCCUUUGGCAAAGGUACUUAAUGACAAGUUUGGUAUCGUUGAGGGGCUAAUGACCACCGUCCACUCCAUUACCGCAACACAGAAGACGGUUGAUGGCCCAUCAAUGAAGGACUGGAGAGGUGGAAGAGCAGCUUCAUUCAACAUCAUUCCUAGCAGCACUGGAGCUGCUAAGGCUGUUGGAAAAGUGCUCCCUGCACUGAAUGGAAAGCUCACUGGAAUGGCUUUCCGUGUUCCAACGGUCGAUGUUUCAGUCGUUGACCUUACUGCAAGGCUUGAGAAGGCUGCUUCGUAUGAUCAAAUUAAAGCAGCUAUCAAGGAGGCUUCUGAGGGUAACAUGAAAGGAAUCCUUGGAUACACUGAAGAUGAUGUAGUGUCAAGUGACUUUGUAGGUGACUGCAGAUCAAGCAUUUUCGAUGCCAAGGCUGGAAUUGCACUUACCGACAAUUUUGUCAAGGUUGUUUCCUGGUACGACAAUGAAUGGGGUUACAGCAACCGUGUUGUUGACCUUGUCCGACACAUGGCAAAGACUGGUUGAAGGACAAUGCUAUGCUAUGCUAUGCAAUGCUGUUGUGUCGGUUUUGCUGUGCAACCUUGUCUAGAUAUACUGUGUUUAGAAAUAACUAGUGUGCUUGCUGCCUGCCUGCCUGCUCAAGUUCUAGCCAGUGAACGUUUUCAGGAAAUUUUGAAGUUUAGUUUUGCUAUUUAACGCUCCUUUCUUCACAUUUGGCCAAUAAAAAUAAAUUUGGAUCUGUUAUAUGUAUACUUCAGAAGUGAAGUGAGCGAGAACAUGAAAAUGAUGAGAUUGGGUGAUUCUGAUUCUGUUAAGAGAGUAGUAGUAAGGCAGUGACAGAGGACAAGUCAUCUCUUUCUUACGCUGUGUGAAAGGGACAGCUCUCCUACUUUUUUGUUCUUUUAAUUAACAAAUGGAAAAUUUGGUUGUUUCAGUAGCUGAAUUUGAAUAUAAUAAAUUUGCCAAAGUAAUUGACUUGACUUGGCGUGUAGUGUAGUGUAGUGUAGCGUAUGUAUGUAUGUAUGUAUGU